UAGGGACAGAGCAUCUGUUUUUUCCUUUCAAUUUUAUUUAUUUUUCUUACCGGUGCACGGUAAUGUUACUGGUAUAUAAAUUUUGAAAGAGUUAUGAUUGGAGAGAGCUCCCGGUUUUCAGGCUACACCGGAGAAUCAAAUGCUAACUCUCAAUCAAAACUGAAAAAUUAUGGUUUUCCUUUUUGUGACACAAAUAUAUCGAAACCCUAAACACUAACACACAAUAAAAAUGCCUCAUAAAAAAGAGCAGAAACCGCAACCGAUCAAUGUGGUACAAAUCGAUAGUAGCAGCGAUGAAGACGAUGAUGGCGUAGCAGUGGUUAUAUCAACAACAACUAACAAAUCCUCAUCAUUUUCAUUGAAACCAAAACCAAAACCACACCCGCAGCAGAAUCAGAGCUCUGAAGAAACCGUAGUAACACCACCUGCCCCGGCCCCGGUGCCGCAGUCUGAAAGUCUCCUUUGCCGCAGUUUCUGGAAAGCUCAAGCUUAUGAUGUGGUUCUCACAGCUAGAACUUCUCUGCCUACAGGUGAGUUAGAACAUGCAAGAGUUCAUCCAAAGUUUCUUCAUUCAAAUGCAACUUCACAUAAAUGGGCUUUUGGAGCAAUUGCUGAACUACUGGAUAAUGCUGUUGAUGAGAUUCAGAAUGGUGCAACCUUUGUGAUGGUUGAUAAAAUUGAUAUCUUGAAGGACAACUCUCCUGCUUUAUUGUUUCAAGAUGAUGGUGGUGGAAUGGAUCCUGAAUCUAUCCGGAAAUGCAUGAGCUUGGGCUAUUCUUCAAAGAAAUCAAACAAAACGAUUGGACAAUAUGGUAAUGGAUUCAAGACUAGUACCAUGAGAUUGGGCGCUGAUGUCAUUGUUUUUAGCCGUGCUUCUCAUGCAAGCAAAGCAACUCAGAGUGUUGGUCUUUUAUCCUAUACUUUUUUGCGGAAAACUGGGCAGGAUGAUGUUAUUGUUCCUAUGGUAGAUUUUGACAUUUCUGGCCAUUGGGCAGAACCAAUAAUUUAUAGCUCACAAGAUGAUUGGUCUGCCAAUUUGAAAACGAUUCUUGAAUGGUCUCCUUUCUCAUCCAAGGAUGAGCUUUUGCAACAGUUUGAGGAUAUUGGACGACAUGGAACAAAAAUAAUAAUAUACAACUUAUGGCUAAAUGAUGAAGGCAUCUAUGAACUGAGUUUUGAUGACGACGACGAGGAUAUACGUUUGAGGGACGAAGCUAGUUGUGCUGGUCAAAAACUAAAUAAAAAAGUUGUUGAACUUCAAUCUCAUAUUUCUUAUCGCAUUCGCUAUUCAUUAAGGGCUUAUGCUUCAAUUUUAUACCUAAGAAAGUUCACAAACUUCAGUAUUAUAUUAAGGGGGAAGCCUGUAGAGCAGUUCAAUAUUGCAGAUGACUUGAAAUACUCAAAACUGGUGACCUACAAGCCUCAGCUUGGAAUGGCAUCAAAAGAGGUUGCUGCUGUGGAAACAAGUAUUGGUUUCAUCAAAGAGGCACCUGCUCUUUGUAUUUCUGGAUUCAACGUAUACCAUAAAAAUCGCCUGAUAAGGCCCUUCUGGAAAGUCACCAGCGAUGGUAGUUCGAAGGGGAACGGUGUUGUUGGAGUCCUUGAAGCAAAUUUUAUAGAACCAGCACAUGAUAAGCAAGACUUUGAGAGGUCAUCAGUGUUCAUUCGACUGGAAGCCAAACUUAAACAGAUAUUGACGGAUUACUGGAAUAAUCACUGCCAUUUAGUCGGAUAUCAGUAUGGUCUGGCACAAAAGAAACAUUCUGCUAAAUCAAGGAUGCCAUUGUCUAUCAACCAGCUUGAUGAAGAAGAAAUGCAUCUCGAUCAACCUCGUAAUGAUGGCCAAAUUAAUUUUCCUUUGGAACAUCCGAUUACUGGGUCUGCAGACGUAAGUGAUGGAUCACUCGAUGAAGAUAUUGCUGGGUUCAUAUCAAUUGAUCAGAUUUGUGAAGAGAACAUACAACUUUUUAUGAGGUGUGAGGAACACAGGCAGAAAGAGGCUGAGUUAAAACGCCUGGUAACAGACUUGGAGAAAGAAUUGGAACAAGAGAAGAGGAAGCUUGCUCAACUUUCUGUGCACUUGGAGACGAAGAAGAAACAGAAGGCAUUAGAACAGCAAACCCAUAAAGUUUCAUAAUGAUACUAAACUGUUACUUGUAAUGUUUUUUAGGUUUUGUAAAGCUCAGUUGUGGUACCAAUUUACCAACUUUGUAGUGUAUAGAAAUGCCAAAGUCUAUUGUGAGAGUGUGCAUCCGAGAUUGAAUUGCAAGAAACAGAUGAUCCAAUGGGUUUUAAAUACCUCAAAUUUUAUGCCUUGCAAUUUUACCCCAGAUUAUGUAAAAAUGCUAUUUAACCCUAAUUUGAAAAUCUUAGUUUCAAAUUUA